AUGUUUGUUCUUGUUAGUGCGGGAAUAGUACUAGCAUUUUUUAUCUACGAUGCUUCAACUUACGCAAAUGACCCGUUGGUUGAAGAUGUUCCAGUCUCAGAAAUAGCUCUGAAUCCGAGGCGUGGUGGACCAAACAAUCUUCCAAUCGCGGACGCUUUGGUCGAUGAUAAUGACUCUGAUAUCAAACAGGCACAGAAAAACAAACCGAAACUGGUAAUCCUUGGAACUGGCUGGGGCAGUGUUGCGCUAUUGAAAUCAUUAAACCCCGGUGACUACCAUAUCACUGUUGUAUCUCCAGUUAAUUACUUUCUUUUUACACCCAUGCUUCCUUCUGCAACUGUCGGAACUUUGGGCCUGCGAUCCUUAGUGGAACCUAUACGGUUGAUCGUGCAGCGUGUGAGGGGCCAUUUUCUACGAGCAGAGGCAGUCGACGUGGAUUUUUCAGAGAAGCUUGUGGAGGUAUCGCAAAUCGAUGGCAAUGGUGUCAGGCAAAAUUUCUACCUUCCCUAUGACAAAUUGGUGAUUGGAGUCGGCUCAACGACAAAUCCUCAUGGGGUUAAAGGUCUUGAGUACUGCAAUUUUUUAAAAUCGAUUGAUGAUGCAAGACAAAUCAAGAACAAGGUGCUUCAUAAUCUUGAGCUUGCCUGCCUGCCUACCACCAGUGAUGCAGAAAGAAAGAGACUCCUGUCUUUCGUUGUUUGUGGAGGCGGUCCUACUGGUGUGGAGUUUGCGGCGGAGCUAUUCGACAUGUUGAAUGAGGACCUCUUCCGCUCGUUCCCAAAGAUUUUGCGUAAUGAAAUUUCCGUUCACCUUAUCCAGAGCAGAAGUCAUAUCUUAAACACAUAUGAUGAAACUGUUUCUUUGUAUGCUGAGAAAAGAUUCGCCCAUGAUCAAGUAGAAGUUCUCACUAAUUCAAGAGUUAAAGAAGUACAGCAAGAUAAAAUUCUCUUUACUCAGAUAGAAAACGGCAAGUCUAUUGUUAAAGAAAUUCCCAUGGGCUUUUGUCUAUGGUCUACUGGCGUUUCCCAGACUCAAUUUUGCCAGACGCUCUCGAGAAAGCUUGAAGGACAAAAUAACCGUCACGCCCUCGAAACUGAUACUCAUCUUCGACUUCUUGGUGCCCCAGUUGGCGAUGUUUAUGCUAUUGGAGAUUGCUCUACUGUCCAAAAUAAUGUUGCAGAUCAUCUCGUCAGUUUUCUCCGUAAUGUCGCCUGGGAGAAAGGGCGUGAUCCAGAAAAGGUACACCUUACUUUUACGGAGUGGCGAGAUGUUGCUAGCCGUGUCAAGAAACGGUUCCCGCAGGCAUCCAACCACCUUAGGAGAGUCGAUCGCCUGUUCGAGCAAUAUGAUAAAGACCGUAGCGGCACCCUCGAUUUUCACGAGCUGCACGAACUUCUCUCACAAAUUGAUACAAAACUCACGUCACUACCUGCUACCGCCCAACGCGCAAACCAACAAGGCCAAUAUCUAGGUCGAAAAUUCAAUAAAAUGGCAGCUGCAUCGCCUGACCUCAAGGCUAAUGAGAUCGAUUACGGCACUUUAGAUGAAACUGUGUGCGCUGCCUUCGAGUAUAAACAUCUUGGAAGCUUGGCAUAUAUUGGUAACGCGGCGGUCUUUGAUAUUAAUGGACUAAGUUGGGGAGGUGGAUUGUUAGCUGUAUAUCUAUGGCGUAGUAUCUACUUCGCACAGAGUGUUAGUUUAAGAACAAGAGUCAUGUUAGCUAUGGAUUGGGCAAAACGAGCAAUGUUUGGAAGAGAUAUGAUGAACUUUUAG